GCCGAUUCAUUCAGAGUGUUUGCACAACGUUUCCAUUGGUGCUCCACUGGAGGUUAUUUUGAGGGUCUCGUGCUGUCAGCUGUUGUCUUGAGUCCUUUUGGACCCUCCUCACUUUUCUCUUUCACUCUGAUAAAACUGUGGACUGACUGGUUCAUUGUCCUCCUUUUCUAUUCGAACCCGAACAGACACGUGUGGCAGAUGAUGGAGGGCAGUCACCAGACUUCUGAGAACGCCAAUGAACAAGUCAAUGUCCCAGAGGAGCAGCCAGUGGACCCCAUGGAGGACUUCAGCAGGCAGCUAGAGGAUAUAAUCAACACGUAUGGAGCAGCAUCCAGCCUGAUGCAGGAGCAGAUCUCCAUCCUGGAGUCUGAGGAGAGAAAGGAAGAGGAGGCAAAGGCUGAUAAAGAGGCCGACCCACAAGAAGCUGGUGCCACUCCAGAGAAGGAGCAGAUAGCUGAUAAGAAAAUUCUCAAGGGCCUGGGUAAAGAGGCCGCAUCCUUAUUGCAAAGCCUGAACAAGUUCGGCUCACCAGAAGAGAAAGUGGAAAUGGUGUUGAAGAAAUACACUGAGCUGGUGGAGGACCGCAGGACUGAGAAGAAACAGCUGGAGCAGCUUCAGCAAAGAGAGGGUCUUCUGGUCAAGCAGAGAGAUCAGCUUCAGUUCGAGCACAGUCGUGCCAUUCUGGCCCGCAGCAAGCUGGAGAUGCUCUGCAGGGAGCUUCAGAGACAUAACAGGACACUGAAGGAGGAGAGUCUGCAGAGGCUGCGGGAGGAUGAAAUGAAGCGGAAGGAGAUCUCCGCUCAUUUCCAGAGCACGCUAGUGGACAUUCAGAAUCAGAUCGAGCAGCACAGUAACCGCAACAACAAGCUGUGCCAAGAGAACAGUGAUCUGGCCAGCAAACUCAAUACCAUCAUAGAGCAGUAUGAGCGGAGAGAAGAGAGUUUAAAGAAGAUAUUCAAACACAGAGAUCUACAGCAGAAACUGUCUGAUGCCAAGCUGCAAGAAGCCAACAUGCUCCUCAGUCAAGCUGAAGAGAAGCACAAAAGGGAGAAGGAAUAUUUGCUUAAAGAGGCUAUUGAAACAACAAAGAAAUGCUACACAAUGAGGGAGCAGGAGUUACAGAUGAAGAAACAGCUCGUGUUGUACUCCCAGAAGUUUGAUGAGUUCCAGAACACACUAGCAAAAAGCAAUGAAAUCUACAUCACUUUCAAACAGGAGAUGGAGAGGAUGACAAAGAAGAUGAAAAAGCUGGAAAAGGAGUCAAGUAUAUGGAAGACACGGUUUGAAAGCUGCAAUAAAACUCUUGUUGAAAUGAUUGAGGAGAGAUCAGAAAAGGCCAAAGAGUUUGAACUCUUCACUUUGAAAAUCGACCAUCUGGAGACUCUGUGCCAAGCACUGCAGGAUGAAAGAAAAAGUUUAUAUGACAAAAUUAAAGAAAUACGGUCCUUAGAAAAGGCGACUCUAGCACCAGUGGUGGACUUGCCCCAAGUAGAUGCGCUUCCAGAGCUCGUCCAACUUCCUAAGCCGGCUCCCAACCCAAUGUUGACCGCAGAGAUGAAGAGGCUGCGAGAGGAGCAGAUCCGUCUGCAGGAGUUUGCAGCUUCCUUGGUAAGUUCCAUAACAGAUGAUGCUGGAGAAUCUGAUAGUGAGGAAGAGAAGACAGCAGAAAAGAUUCCAGCAAUUCCUGAGGCUCCCAAACUUGAGUCCACCAAACCAGAGGAUAAACCAGAAUCAACACAAGAGGAACCCUCUACCACAGAAGAAAACAAACCAGAGGUUGCUAGAGUAAACGAAGAGAAGCCAUCAGUACCCACAAAUCCUGAACCCGCCAAGCCUCAGACGGAAUCUAAACUUCUUCAAGAGCCUCUACAACCAGAGAUCACUGAACAACAGACAGGAAAACAAGAGUCCGCCAAAGAGGAACCAAGCCAGGAAGAGGCAACAAAAGCGGAAGAGACGAUCGAACAGGAAUCCACUCAGCCAAAGCCUGUCAUGAAAGAAGACAGCAAAGAUAAAGCUGUUAAACCUGAGCUACCUGAUCCAGAGCCGCCCAGACAAGAACCCCUCAAAAAAGAGCAGCCGAAGCCUGUCUUGAAAGAAGAUAGCAAAGAUGAAGCUGUUAAACCUGAGCUACCUGAACCAGAGCCACCCAAACAAGAACCCCUCAAAGAAGAGCAGCCGAAGCCUGUCUUGAAAGAAGAUAGCAAAGAUGAAGCUGUUAAACCUGAGCUACCUGAACCAGAGCCACCCAAACAAGAACCCCUCAAAGAAGAGCAGCCGAAGCCUGUCUUGAAAGAAGAUAGCAAAGAUGAAGCUGUUAAACCUGAGCUACCUGAACCAGAGCCACCCAAACAAGAACCCCUCAAAGAAGAGCAGCCGAAGCCUGUCUUGAAAGAAGAUAGCAAAGAUGAAGCUGUUAAACCUGAGCUACCUGAACCAGAGCCACCCAAACAAGAACCCCUCAAAGAGGAGCAUGUUGAGAAAGCCACAGCUGCCUCUGAGGAAGCCAAAGCACCGGCGACAAAACCUAAAGCCGCAAAAUCCCAAGAGGGAAAAGCGAAGGCCGGCAAAGCCCAGCCUAAAAAACAAGCUCCAGCCAAGAAGAAAGGUUCUGCAAAGGGCCCGAAUAAAAGCUAAGCCGAAAUGCAUUACCAAAGGAGUUUUUCUUUUUAUCGUUACUAGAUCUGUUUGUUUGUGUACUUAGACAAGUCUUGUUGUUGACAAGUUUAAAGGCCAAUUCACACUGCACUGGCAGAUGCCAAUAAACAGCAACAGACACGUUUGCCAGGUUUUGUCUGAUCAGUGUGUUACUCCUGUCAGCAUCUGUUGGUGUUGGUCUGUGCUUGUUUUUUGCCACCUGAAUGUUGAAUCAGCAUUUAUCGAGUCUUGGUAUGUCUGAGAAGUGACGUAGGCUUACUGUGCUCGGUCGGCGUUGGUCUGCAUCUGUCUGUGCAGUGUGAAUUGGCCUUAUAAGUUAAUACAGACGAUGACAGACUGGUCGUAGAACACGUUCCUUUAUGAAAGUUUACUAUAAGGAUGAAUUUCUAGCUUCCUGAAUGUAAUAAGGACUUUUUUCCCAUUUGUAAUACUUUCUCAGUACCUUCAAAUAAAUGUCUGCUCUUGACAAUCCUAUAAAAUGUUCUCUUUC